AUGCAACCCACCCAGGCACUGCAGCGCAGCAUCAAGCGCAUGACGCUCACCACCAAGCAGACCGGCAAGGGUUUCUACAAGGGUACCGGUUCCGGUUCAAUGGGGAGACACACCAAAUGGGGCGGCUACACAGUUGAUUACUCCAAGGUCCGGACAUACGUUGCCCCCGACCUCGAAGACUUUGACCUCACUCCUUUCGUCACCAAGCGCGUCACGCCGCCGAGCGGCAGAGGAAAUUUCCCGGACAAGCUGGGCCCGCUCAGCGGGAAGCUGUACCUCGAGAAGUGGAAGGCGGAAAAUGGACAGGACUAG